ACCCCAAACAGCAUUGCAAAUUUCCCAUAUUUAAAGAAUGUGCAAGCAAGCUUUUGUUAUCGUUUCAUGGCUUCGGCAACACGGCAUGAAUAAGCACACCCGGCACGGCUUUUCACCACCACACCCAAUGCCAUACUAUCGAUGACAAAUUAACCAAACAAGAUAAGAUAAUGCACUGUUCCGAUAAGAAAUCGGAGAACUCAUGCAUCAGGUUCACAGUAUGAAAGGGGUGAAAAGUAUGCUACGUCCAAGUUGGAAUACGAGGUCCAACUGCUGGAAGUAUUAGUAUUGGUUUGUUCGCACAGGAGAAACAAUGAAAAUACCUAGUAGCAUACUAAUGUUACUGCUGAUUGUUGGUACGGGAGCGCAAGAAAUUUACGAAGAUGGAUUAUCCAUUUGUGACAAGUGCACCUGCGUGAUCGCGAAUAAAACGUCCACCGUACUGAGUUACGACUUGCUCGACUGUUCGCGAAAAAAUCUAGUGAACAUGAUCGACAUCUGGCCGGAAAGAUUCGUCACGACCGAUCCAGAUCGGGAGAUUGUCAUGUCGUUGUCCGGCAAUAACAUUACCAAGCUACAGCAGCUGCCUGCCACCAACACGACGCUGGUGUUUAGCUGUCGACAUUGCAAUUUGGAAAGUUUAGCCGGUGGUCUGUUUAUAGAUACGGCCAAUAUUUUGCGCGUCGAUCUCAGCUUUAACCAGCUGUCCGGUGAUUCACUCAGUAGCGAUGUGUUCCGGGGACAGUACAGCGAAGCAGGCAGCAGCAAACCAUUGCUGUUGGACGAGCUGGAUCUGGCAUCGAACGCGAUAACACAACUCCAGGAUAAUGCAUUUGAGCAUAUCUUUAGCUUGCGCCAUCUGUCGCUCGCUCGGAACCCGCUCAGGCAGCUAACGGACAGUACGGCAAGGGCGUUAGCGCAGCUGGUUAAUUUGGAACACCUCGAUUUAUCGCACAGCAAACUAACUGAUAUUGAUGAAACGGUGUUUGCUGAAAUGCACGCACUCAGGGAACUCUACAUCCAAGGAAACCUUUUUACGACGAUACCCCAGGCAGUGUAUCAGUUGGUAUCGUUACAUUUUCUACACCUUGCUGAAAACCCUAUUGAAGUGCUUAACUUUGCUCAACCACUAGAACAAUUGGUUCUGUUGAACGUAAGCAGUAUGUCAGUAAUGCAUACCGUCGAGAUUGAGUCUUUUCAAAACGUGAAACUACUCAAAACAUUGAUAGGACGUAACAAUACGGCGCUGGAAGUGUUUGACUUGACAGUACUGCAACACAUAUCCUCCCUGAAAGAGUUGGAUCUAUCACAAUCAAAUCUUAAACACCUACGAACACCGGUUGAAAAUGGUGCUACCGAAGAGCACGAGGACGAGAGUGCAUAUAAGAAUGCACUGGAUGUACUAUUGCUGAGCGAUAAUCCAUGGCACUGUGACUGUCCCCUCCAGCGAGUACUGAAAUACGUACAUUUUUCCAACGAAUUAGACGAUGAUGAAGACGAUGAAACGCGUUGCGAAACACCGCACAUGCUAACAUCGCUACACCUGUCGCAUCUAAUCCACAUCGAGGUGUGCGAUCAGCCAGUACACGAUGGACCAAACAAUCCGGUCUACGAGAAACCCGCCUUUCUACGACCAGGAGCCAUCUUCCUGUCGCUACUGUCGGUAGGCAUCGUGGUCGGACUGGGCAUCAUUAUAGGACUAGUAAUUGUGUGUCUUAAACGAAGGCUCAAAACCCAACGGUUGGGAUUUACAUCUCCGGUUCGCUAUACAUCGGUAAGGGACAGCACAACGUCUGCUGUUUAUCAAACCUGACCUGCCGUAGGAUGAACAAGAUGAGUUUUCUGUAAAAUAACAGCAGUAGUAAAUUUUUUAACCAAUUGUAUAAUAA